GUGGGCGCAGACUCCCCGGUGCCCGCCCCUCCACUGGAGGGGGGGCGCGAGCGGGCGGCCGGGGAGGGGCCGGCAUCACCGCCGCAAAAUGAGCCUCCUGUCGGCCAUCGACACGAGCGCCGCCUCGGUGUACCAGCCGGCCCAGCUGCUCAACUGGGUCUACCUGUCGCUGCAAGACACCCACCAAGCGAGUGCCUUCGAUGCCUUCCGGCCCGAGCCUCCCGCCGGCGCCGCGCCCCCGGAGCUGGCCUUUGGCAAGGGCCGCCCGGAGCAGCUGGGCUCGCCCCUGCACUCCAGCUAUCUCAACAGCUUCUUCCAGCUGCAGCGCGGAGAGGCACUGAGCAGCAGCGUGUACAAGAGUGCCUCGCCCUAUGGCUCCCUCAACAAUAUCGCGGAUGGCCUCAGCUCCCUCACUGAGCACUUCUCUGACCUGACCCUCACCUCCGAGACCCGCAAGCCCAGCAAGCGGCCCCCGCCCAACUACCUGUGCCACCUGUGCUUCAACAAAGGACACUACAUCAAGGACUGCCCCCAGGCACGUCCCAAAGGUGAGGGUCUGACUCCAUACCAGGGCAAAAAGCGCUGCUUCGGAGAGUACAAAUGUCCCAAGUGCAAGAGAAAAUGGAUGAGCGGGAACUCCUGGGCCAACAUGGGGCAGGAGUGCAUUAAGUGCCACAUCAACGUGUACCCGCACAAGCAGAGACCCCUGGAAAAGCCUGAUGGCCUAGAUGUGUCCGACCAGAGCAAGGAGCACCCCCAGCACCUGUGUGAGAAGUGCAAAGUCCUGGGCUACUACUGCCGCCGAGUGCAAUAACCUGGGCGCGCCUGCCGUGCCGGGCCACCCUCCCACCUGCCAGAGAAGAUGGCAUCCCCCUGUGUGUCUUCGUAUCGCUGCGUGUCCCUGUGUGCAUGGGGCGUCCUUGCGGGCCUGCGGAUUUGGGCAGGGGACAUCUUGGGUUCUGGUCUCAAGUGUGUUGACAAACAGUGUUACUGAUGUAGCUGCCCCACAGAAGGCCAGGUGUCCAGGACUCAGAGGUGGGCCUGGGGUCUGUGUGGAGGGGACAGGGACGAGCAAAGGUCAGUGCACAGGACCCCCACAGAGCCCUUGGUGUCCCCCAGGCAGCCUUGUAUUGGCCACAAGUGCACUAAAUUUACUGUGAAUCCCAAAGCCUGCAGGGGACCUUCUUCCCAAGACCAGCCAGGCUACCCUCUCCCACCCAGAACCUUCCAGUCUGCCCUGCGUGCAAAGCCACUCUGGGAAAACCCUGUUUUUCUGUCCUGUUUAAGUCAGCAAUUGUGGCAAUCUGGCGCCUUCUCUAGCAGCUGUGGGGGAGUGGUUAUCUAUGCCCCCUGCCCACUGUGAGCCCCAAACCUGCUGCCUCUGAUGUCAUUGGCAUUAUACCUGGAUACUGCCCCCCAUAGGCCCAAAGGUCAGGGACAGUGUCCCAGGUAUGACCUGGGACACAUGAGGGACACAACCUCCCACCUGCCACACACAUUUCCCAGUUGCUAGAAUUUUUGUCAGCCCCUCACCCCUCCUCUUUCACCUCUCACCCACAUUGGGGUCCAGCCCUUGAUUGAGGUUGGCAUGAGGACAUGGGCCUGGUGGUAUGGAGACCUAGGUUCAAAUGUGGGCCCUGCCACUGACACACUACACACCCCUGGGGAGGACUGCUCAUCUGUGGGCCUCAGUUUCCCCACUAGUGAAGUGAGUAAGUGACAGUAGAGAGCAAAGAGGCCGUUGAGUUCUGAUGUUCUGCGACUUGGCCUGGCUCAAUACCAUGCCUCAAAACAGACAGCUUUGCUUGGAGAAUGGCAUCAGGUCUCUGACUUGACACCUGUCACCUGUCACUUAGGAAGUCCAUCUGAGGGAUACCAGUCCUCCCCUGCCACUCCCUGCCCCCCCAACCUGUGCAAAAAUGAAGGAGACAGACCCACCCCCGCAGGGGGCACCCUGAACCAGCUGCAGAGCCUCUGGUGUGUGCCACAGUGCAGUGGUUUCUGACCUGCCCGGGCUGCAGGAGGCAUGUUGACAGGACACACCAGCCAGGGCGAGCCUGGCCUGGAUAGCGGGAGGGAUCUUGCUCUCCUCUGCCCCCUCCCCCAGUGAGAAGCCCUAUUUUUAUUGUUAUAUCAUCCUUCCUUUCUCCCAAGGAGAGGGAAAGAGUCACCUGUCAGGACUGGGUCGCUUGAUUUUACCCUAACUUUAUGCCUCUGUGGAAAAAAAAAGUCAGACCACAAAAUGGGCCUGAAAUUCAGUGUUUACCGUGGCUCAAGGGCACCCGAUUGGUGCCCAGUAGCCUUCUGUUUUCAAAUGAUAAUGUUUUGUAUGGCCGAGGAGUUACAGUGAAGUGUUAACCAGGGGUCCAGGGAGCGAGUAGAAGAGAUGGAGUGAGUGUAUUUGCAGUCAAGAGGCUGCAGCAGAGAUUUUGGGGGACCAUGCUCUCUGCGCACUUAGAGUGUAUUUGCUCUGGCCUGAGCCCGAGAGCCACUCCCUCCCGCCCAUGGAGGCUGAAUGGCGGGCAACUGACUAUGAACACCCUCACCACCUCCAGCAUUGCCACUGAGAGUCCCACCCAGCUGCCCCUUGCCUUCUGCACGGUGUCAAAGUGAGCCCCAGCUGCCUGCCCAAGGCUCUCUGUCCCGCAGGAGAAGCUGUCAGUGACCCUCAUCCUCCUGCACUGCUAAAGAUCAUGUUCACAGUGGUGGGCACUGAGCUUGUCUCUGUGGUGAGAACCAGGCCCCCACCCUUCCAGGUACCUGGCUCCACAGGAGCCUUGGAUCCAGAAUGCUUGGGCCCUGCCAGCUGAGCUGCUGGGGAAUGGGCAUUGGGGGAAGGCCACUCCCUAAAAAGACCCCGGGCUCCAGAUUCCUGAAGGCCAAGGCCUUCCACGGGCCAACGAGAGAUGGCACGUCACCCCAAAGUGACCUCGUCAGUGGGCCUGUCCAGCUGGCAGCCAUGCCCCUGCCAUCUGGGCAGAGCAGGCCACCAUGGGAGCUGGGCUCUCUUGCCCAAGGCAGCCUUCCUGAGCAGCCCCUCCUGCACUGUUCCAGCUGGAUUUGGGAGCUCUCUGUGGUCAGCAAAAGCCACUGCUGUCAAGGCCAGGUGCUGUGAGAACUAAGUGCUCAGAAGGCCUGGGUGCCCAGGGGACAAGAAAGUGUGUGGUCUAGUACGUUAAAAGGGACAAUCGCUUGCAGUUUGUAGAUCUAGCGAUCUAGUCGGGAGAUAACAGUGUUUACCCCAUAUGAAGUAUUCAGUAGUUCUACUUGUGAAUUUGUAUUUAUUUUGAGUUAUACUUGACACAGAAUUCCUUUUUUUUGUUUGUUUUGAAGAGAAAUACUAUGUGUGUAUUUUGAACAAAAAAUUCAUAGAUGUUAAAAUUUCUGCAUGGGUUACCAAUUUUUCUCACAACACUGAAUUUGUUAUCUCCCCCCCAAAAUCUUCACAGUGAUUUUUGUCUGUAUAUACUUGAGGGCCUUUUUUUAAAAAAAGAAAAAGAAAAGAAAAAUAUAAUUGCUUGAUUCUUGAGAUUAUAAAAACAAAAAGAGAGGCAUUUUCAAAACUUCAGGCCUUUCAGGAGGGCAAUAGAAUAUCAAAAAUGAAGAUUUCUGGAAGUAUUUUGCAAACCUUCUGGUUGAGCUGCGAGAAAAUAUUUAUGGUGAGAACUUUUUCCUGUUGUUGUUUUGAUUUUUUUUUUUUUACUAUGCUUUGGUCUGUAAAAAGUAUGCAACUGAACUACAUUAAGAAGGAAAUAUUGUCUACAUAGAAUAUUAUAUAAAGUUGGUACAUAAUUCUGAUGAGGAAAAAAACCUUUGCAAUUCUUUAAGCCAUAUUGUUAUUCUGUGUUGUUUUCCUGGAUGAAAAUAUCAGUAUUAAGUAGCCAGCCUAUUAUUCAAGUGCUUAGACUUAUUAAUAUGUUCCUGUCCUGUAUUUAUACAUAUGUGUAUUUUGGAAAGUAUUGCCUUUUUUUUUUAAGGGAAGCUAUUAAUAGAUAAGUAGCAAAAAAGGGAAUGGGGGGCCCUUGGGCCUCUUUGGCUGAGGAUAACAAACACAGCAUUGUAAUCCAUUCUCUUGCACCUUAUUAUUAUCUUUUUAUUAUGGUUAUUAAUUUUGUAAGGGGGUAGGGAGUGGGCUGGGGGAAGAGGGGCCAUGUGAUUAGUAGCCUCUCCAUGGCCUGCCCUCUCCAAAGAUGGCCUCAGUCUGGUGAAGGGCCCCCGAUCAGCAGAGCCCAAGGAGGAAAGGAAGCAGAAGGCAGACUUCUCCACAGCUUCUUUGGAGCUUUGCCAUCUGAGCCAUGCCCAUGCCUCAGGACUCCGGGCUCUUUGAACUUGGACUUGUCAACUGGAGCCCUUACACCUGCCCUCCAGCAUCUAAUAGACUUGAAUCUACUCUAAACCAAUAUCUAACCCAACAUCACUACAUUGUAGCCCAGUGCAGCAACUAACCCUGAAGUUUGGGAGGCUUUGGGGCCUUCAGGCAGGUGGCCAGGCCACUCCUCUCCCUGGGCUGGUGCUGCAAGCUCAUCGCUCUCUGCCAACCUCACCGUUUGACCUCCUCUCGUGUGUUGACUCUCUCCGUGUCUGUCUGUUAAUACGUGUGUGUCCAGCUAAAAAGACAAAACAGAACCCGAGGGCCCAGCGUGGAGGGUACACUGGGAAGGGUCCCGCCCCUCCGAAGGGCCGCCCUCGGGAUGGCAUUCCGUUGUGUGCCUUAUUCCUGGAGAAUCUGUAUACGGCUUGCCUAUAGAAACAUAGCCUUUUCAUGCUGUAUUAAAAGGACUUUUAAAAGCAAGAGAGGCUGCUGGGUUUCCUUGUUUAUGCAGAGCAACAGUGGGGAGGUGGACGUUUCACAGAUGCGUGAGGCCCAGCGUGGUGGGAGGGACUUGGGCUGCCCGACUGGGCUCCCCUGUGUUUGGUCAUCUUGUCCUCGCCCUGUCUCCACACCACUGACUGGCCUCCUCCCAGCCCCUCUGCCCCCAAGUGGACACUCCCUCCAUGGCCAGGGCCCUCCCCACACUGGGCCCCUGGCUGGGCGAGAUUGUCAGCACAUUAGGUCACACUCAGAGAUGGGGCUCCCGGGUGACCAUAUAUAGGAGUGAAUCUUCCUCAGAGACGGCAGCCCCAGCCUCGCCGCCGCUGCUCGUGUUUGGCCUUCUUGCCAAACUAGGGUCUUAGCCUCAGACACUGGGCAUCACACAUGAGCCAAUGGGAGUGUCUGGGCCUCCUGGAAAGUCCCCGGGAGAGGGAACAGAGGGGCCCUUU